UUAUUCCUAAAUAUAGAUCAAUGAAGAAAAGAUAGUGCUCCAGCAGAAGGGGCACUUUUCUCAUCCAGGGCAAAAGGGCAGGUGCUUGAGCACCACUAGGGGGUCUACCUGUGCACGUACCUGCUCUGCAAGCCUGCACUGCCAGCGGCUUACCUCUGUGUUGGUUUCAGGCGCUUCCUCCACGCUUUUGUAAAGUGGGAAACCCUGAAAUGUCUGAGCAAUAUAUCGAACGGACAUUUGGCCUCUUGUCCGACAGAAGUUCGUUCUGACGGUGCAGUGACGGGAGACAUCCGUAGGUGUCCAUGCUGGUGAAAGUUGUUUGUGAAUUCCCUGCCUGCGUGUGAGCGUGCAGAAGAACCAUGCCAGGUCUCUGUGAGACGCUGUCGCUGCGACGCGCCCUCACCUUUACCACGGGUCUGGUAGAAUGUCUCUGUUUCGCUGGAGCCAUGUUCGGGUGGGCUUCCCUCGUUUUCAUCCUGAAGUCGGACGGCUACUUCAGCUCCGGAUGCGUCAACGCCACAGAAUCCAAUGCAACGCAGGUCCUGGAUUGCACUGGACAGGAUGAACAGUUUUCCCUUGUUUUCACCAUCGCCUCCUUUAUGAACAAUUUCCUAACGCUGCCCAGUGGUUUCCUCUUCGACCACUUUGGUACGACAGUCGCGCGGCUCUUCGGAAUAUUUCUGUACACCUUGGGUACUCUGAUGGUGGGCUUCUCCAAUGCAGCAUUGUCCAUCAUGCUGUUUCCAGCUCUCUCCUCUCUGGCAGCAGGUGGCGUCUUGUUUCUGAUGACAAACAUGCAGGUAGGAAACCUGUUUGGCUCCCAUCGGUCCACCAUCAUCACGCUCUAUAACGGCGCCUUCGACUCUUCGUCGGCACUCUUCCUCGUCAUCAAGCUGUUACACGAGGCCGGCUUCUCUCUCCGCUCCUGCUUCGUCUUCCUGUCCGCCUGCAGCGUCCUCCACCUCUUCAGGACCUUCUUCCUGCUGCCCAGAGACAAAAUUCCCUACAAGCUGCCCGAGGGCUACACCUACGGGAUAACCUGCGGCAAAACAAAGACUCUGAGCCUGGAGCACACUACAACCCUCUCACCAGGGUCAGUGGAAAAGCCCCUCAACCAGGACUUCGCUGUGAAACCAGAGAAAAGUUUUGCUGAGUGUUUGAAGUCCAGGUUCUUCGUGUUGCAGCUGCUCUGGUUGUCGGUUAUGCAGCUCAGACAUUACCUCUUCAUCGGCACCCUCAACCCCAUGCUGCAGCGGCUGACUGCAGGGGACCCCACGCUGGUGAGCCGGUACAUCAAUGCCUUUGCUAUAACGCAGCUGUGCGGAGUGCUUUGUGCUCCUUGGAACGGCCUCAUCAUGGACAGACACAAAGGCAAAACUCGUCCUCCAGGAGAGAGUGAACAGGAGACAGACAUGCGUGCCUCUGUGCUUUCUCUCUUUCUGACGUCGCUGCAGUGCGUUGUGUUCUCACUCUGUGCCUCCAUCCCAUACCUGCCGCUUCAGUACCUCACCUUCGUCCUGCAGGUGCUCAACCGCUCCUUCCUCUACGGCGGCAACGCAGCAUUCAUCAGUGUGGCUUUCCCGCAGUGCCACUUUGGGAAGCUGUACGGUCUGAUCAUGAGUCUGUCUGCAGUGCUUUCUGUCCUGCAGUAUCCCUGCUUUGCCCUUGUGAAUGGACCUCUGGAUGGAAACCCUCUAUAUGUGAACAUUGCUCUGACGCUGUUCAGCCUGCUCACCUUAAUCCAUCCCCUCUCCGUCUUCCUGCACUGUCGACGUCUCGCCUCCCAGCGAGCCAUCAGUUCCUCCUCCUAAAGUCCGUUCCACAACACUUGCACUCAAAAUGUCUUUAAAAAUCACUAGUGACGCUUCACGGUGUGUUGGUUUGAUUUAUUGUGGUUGUGUAAACAUCAAAUGGUGGCAGUUAUAUUUCAAAUCACAGGGAGGUGUAACAAUCUGUUAAAAUUGCACGGUUGCAUAACACAUUACCUUUUUUGAUAUGAUUUUUGCAAUGCAUUUAUCACCUUUGAACAAUUUUAUUUUACUAAUAUUUUAUUUUUCUUGUUUCAAGCAUUACUUUCAUUUUUUGUAAUGAUCAAUACCAGCCAGCUCUCACACAAUAGCUGGAUGUAAAGUGCCAAAAGACAAACUCUGUGCUGAAAAUGAUGAACGGUCAUAUCAGCGGUGACCGCUUUAACUGAGACGCCACCUGUUGGCUGAAUUCUGUUAUUUUUUUAGUAGUAGGUUUAUGUUUAGGCUUAACUGUAUACUUUGUGCAAAGACUGUAGAGGUUGCAGUAUUGUUUAAACGUAACCUUAACACAACUCUUCACUCGCCUGCAGCAGAUUAAAUGUGUUUUAAAUGUGA